CCCUAACCUCCAUCCGCUUGCACCAGCUUCUUCUGUCUCGCCUCCCAUCCUUCACCAUGGCCGCGAACAACAAGCCAAACAAGCUGGCUUUUUUGUCGAUGCCAGCGCCGGCCUCGUACGUCGCCGGUCUUGGUCGAGGUGCCUCGGGCUUCACCACUCGUUCCGAUAUUGGACCCGCGCGUGAAGGUCCUUCUGCUGAAGCAAUUGCAGAGGCUCAAGCAAGGCGAGGCGAGGAAGCGGAAGUGGACCCGGACCAGUUUCAAGAUCCAGAUAACGAAUAUGGUCUCUUCGCUGGGACUACAUAUGAGGCGGAUGAUGAGGAGGCGGACAAGAUAUAUGAAAUGGUGGAUAAGAACAUGGACGCAAGGAGACGGGCUCGGAGGGAAGCACGCGAGAACGAGGAGCUGGCCAAGCUCCGAGCUGAGCGUCCCAAGAUCCAGCAGCAGUUCGCGGACCUCAAGCGCGGACUGGCCCAGGUCACGGACGAAGAAUGGGAGGGCAUUCCUGAGGUGGGCAAUCUUACGAGGAAAAAGCGUAAAAGGGACGAGAGGUCAUUCGUUGUAUCCGACAGCGUCAUUGUCGGAGACAGGGCUAGGAAUGAGUACGAGACGUCGUUGGAUGCUCGCCAGCAAGCGACUGGCGGUUUUGAGACCCCUGCCGACGCUGGUACUUUGACCAACUUCGCGGAGAUGAGCCAAGCUCGUGACAAGAUUCUCUCCCUUAAGCUCGACCAGGUAUCCGGUACCGCUACUUCUGGUUUACAAACGUCCAUUGACCCGAAAGGCUACCUCACCUCGCUUGAUAGCGUUGUCAUCAAAUCCGACGCGGAGAUUGGCGACAUAAAGCGCGCUCGUAUGCUUUUCGACUCGCUUGUCAAGUCGAACCCCAAGCACGCGCCUGGAUGGAUCGCUGCCGCUCGUUUGGAGGAGCAUGCCGGACGAAUGGUCGCUGCGCGGAAGAUCAUCAAGCAGGGCUGCGAACAAUGUCCAAAGAGUGAAGACAUCUGGCUAGAGGCAGCGCGGUUGCAUAACAACGAUGACGCGAAAGUCAUUCUAGCAAGCGCAGUGCAGCACGUGGGCCAGAGUGUCAGGAUUUGGAUGGCUGCGGCGGACCUGGAGCACGACGUCAAAGCCAAGAAGCGUGUCCUCCGGAAAGCUCUCGAGCACAUUCCGAACUCGGUACGCUUGUGGAAGGAAACCGUCAACCUCGAGUCUUCUGCACAGGAUGCCCGCAUUCUCUUGUCUCGCGCUGUCGAAGUCAUCCCUCAGUCGGUCGAGCUCUGGCUUGCGCUUGCACGCCUCGAGACUCCCGACAAGGCCAAGGCCGUUCUCAAUAAGGCCCGCAAAGCUGUUCCUACCAGUCACGAGAUUUGGAUUGCAGCCGGACGGCUCCUCGAGCAGGAAGCCUAUGCUACUGAGAAAUCAGAAGAGCAACGCGACAAGGAGCUUUCUGCGGUCGACAAGACUAUCGAGGCUGGUGUGCGCGAGCUUCGCCGCCAUCAGGUCCUCCUUACGCGUGAGCAGUGGCUCAAGGAAGCCGAACGGUGCGAGAACGAGGGCGCGAUCCGGACGUGCGAGGCGAUCAUCAAGGCCACGGUCGCCAUGGAUGUCGAGGAAGAGGACCGCCUAGACACUUGGACCAGCGACGCCGAGGCGGCGGAGGCCAAGGGCAAUGUCGGAGUCGCUCGGGCCAUUCUCGCCUACGCUCUUCGCGUGUUUCCGGACAAGAAGAGUUUGUGGCGGAAGGCCGCCGAUCUGGAGAAGGCACAUGGCACCAAGGAAUCGUUGAACGCCAUCCUGGAGCGUGCCGUCCACCAUUGCCCGCAGGCCGAGGUUCUGUGGCUCAUGUGGGCCAAGGAAAAGUGGCUGGCUGGAGAUGUGCCUGCUGCCCGCGAGGUACUCGAGCGUGCCUUCGUGGCAAACUCGGAGAGCGAGCAGAUCUGGCUUGCCGCCGUCAAGCUGGAAGCGGAGAAUGGCGAGCUUGGCGUCGCGAAAGAGCUUCUCGUUCGCGCCCGAACGGUUGCGGACACUCAAAGGAUCUGGAUGAAGUCGGCUGUGUUCGAACGCCAGCAAGGGCAGCUCGACAAUGCGCUCGAGACGCUUGUCACGGCGAUCAAGAAGUACCCCAAGUUCGCCAAGCUCUACAUGAUCCAAGGGCAGAUCCACCAGCAGCGGAAGGACUUCGCCGCAGCGCGUGCAUCGUAUGCUGCGGGCAUCAAGGCAUGCCCUAAGGACGUCAACCUCUGGAUCCUCGCGAGUCGUCUAGAGGAAGCUGACAACAAGAGCAUCAAGGCGCGUGCCUUGUUGGACAAGGCCCGAUUGGCGAACCCUGGGAAUGACGUUCUCUGGGCUGAAGCCGUAGGCGUUGAGGAACGCAGCGGUGGCACUGCGCAGGCGAAGACUGUGCUGGCUAGAGGCCUCCAGGAGUGUCCGUCUUCUGGCCUAUUGUGGUCGAUGGCCAUCUGGUCCGAGCCUCGCCCGACGCGCAAAGCGCGCUCGGCUGACGCACUGAGGAAGGCGGGCAACGAUCCAUGGGUGCUCUGCAGCGUCGCGCGUCUGUUCUGGACAGAGCGCAAGAUCGAGCAGGCACGUCGAUGGUUUGACCGUGCCGUCGCAGCGAACGAGCAGCCGAGCGAUACUUGGGGCGACAUUUGGGCGUGGUGGCUCAAGUUUGAGCGUCAGCAUGGCACAAAGGAGCAACAAGAGGAGGUCAUCGAGAAGGCAGUCGCUGCAGAGCCUCGGUACGGACCGACGUGGCAGCCUAUCGCCAAAGACGCUGCUAACAUACACAAGAGCACAAGGGAGAUCCUCGAGCUCGUGGCAGAGGCGUUGCACUAAGAGGAGUCAUCCCUGCUAUUAGCUGAGGUGGGCCGGAAGAUCGGGGGUCGGGGUGCUCGGUCACCGACGGGAUGGUUUGAUUUGGUUUGUACGAUUAUCCUCGUGUAUCUGAUAUUAUGCUCGUUCAUCGAGAAGUGUGCC